AUGUCCAGACUCGAAAUAUAUUCGCCAGAGGGCCUGAGAGUAGACGGGCGUCGGUGGAAUGAGCUUCGUCGGUUGGAGUGUUCGAUCAACACCCAUGCAAACGCAUCAGACGGCUCGUCAUACCUUGAACAAGGAAACAACAAGGUUAUAACUCUUGUUACCGGGCCGCAGGAGCCAAAGCUUCGCUCCCAGAUGAACGUCACCAAAGCCACUAUAUCCGUAGCUCUCAAUAUUACUCGAUUCUCCAAGAUUGAAAGAAGCAAGUCCAGUCAUAAGAAUGAAAGACGAGUGCUGGAGAUGCAAACAGCUUUAGUUCGUACGUUUGAGAAAAACGUGAUGCUACACCUGUACCCACGUACUCAGAUCGAGAUACAAAUACAUGUGCUGCAACAAGAUGGUGGCCUCAUGAGCAGCUUAAUCAACGGAAUAACAUUAGCGCUGAUCGAUGCAGGUAUUGCAAUGUACGACUAUAUCAGCGGCGUAUCUAUAGGGCUUUAUGAUACCACACCGUUGCUAGACCUUAACUCAGUCGAGGAGAAUGCGAUGAGUAGCGUAACGCUGGGUGUUGUCGGAAAGUCGGAGAAGCUUUCUCUCCUCUUGGUGGAGGACAAAAUUCCUCUAGAUAGGAUGGAAAGUGUACUCGCUAUCGGCAUUGCAGGGUCUCACCGGAUCAGGGAGCUCAUGGACAAGGAGCUACGGAAACAUGGUGAAAGAAGGCUUGCUAACAUGUCUACUUGA